AGGGCUGGGUGGUGUGCUUAUUUCCUCAGCCUUAUAUGCAGUAGCUGCAGUUCAAGGCUUUAAACCGGCGAGGCAGGCAGACAGGCGAGCUGGGAGCUUUUUGUUUUAAUUUAAUCAGAGGACAUUACCAAGGGGGGUGGGGGUAAGGACAGACAUCGAAGCAGGGAAUCCAACACGGCUGUUUGUGUAUUUGAGAGCGCUAAACCGGCCUUGCCUGAAUAGUCAACAGGCACAAUGAGUGAUACGGCCAAGGGCAAUCAGGCGGUCUCUCAGAAAGACAAGGAUGGGGCAGAGAAGAGGGGCCGUGGAAGACCAAGGAAACAGCCACAGGUAAAAAGCCUUGACGAGCCCAGCGGGUCCCCCACUCCGAAGAGGCCCAGAGGCAGACCGAAGGGCAGCAAAAACAAGACCACUUCCAAAAGCAAAAAAGCGCCAGUGUCUGCAGGUGCAAAACGUAGAGGAAGGCCCAAGAAAGCGGAGAAGGAGGAGGAGCAGGGAUCCCAGGACUCUUCUGAAGAGGAGGAGGAGGAAGAGGAAGAGCAGUAACUCGUUUGCAACCCGCACUACCUCAUAAUUCAACUUACUGACUUCCUGUCAAACCAGAGCUGGACUGAAACUCCAAAACCACCGCUACCCCUUUCUCUCUCCCGUUGUCUCCGUUCCCCCUUUGAUCAGAAAGGGAGGCUAACACAGGUCACCCACCUGCUAUCUGCA